GCAAUACCUCUUCAUUAUCGUGAUUCGGAUGGUUAACACUCGGCACAUUCGGCAGAUUAGACUCCGAAAUCGGCCAAUUUACAUUGUAUUGCUGUUGGUUAUUCAGUUGCGUCUGAUCGGAUAAUCCCACACUUUUCUGGUAUUGAGUGUAUGCAGGUUUCUGUGGGAAUUGUAGCGGCUUCAAAGGGAACUGUGGCAUUUGUUGUUGUGGCCAAUUUGGAACUAUAUUUGGAUCGUCGUCCAUAAAAUUCUAGAUAACGGUGUGAUAAACAGUGAAACUGGACAACGAAUAAUAAUAUAACAUUGAAUCUUCAAAUCUAUUUUACAAAUCUAAUUCAAUUCAUAAUUUCGCGAAAAAAGCAACUACAAAAAACUGAAAUGCAGUGCAGUUUACAGUCAAUCAACGAUUGCGAGCGAUCGCCAAAUCGAACAAAUUUACGUGUAAACUUCACCGAAAAAGGCGAAGCGGUGAAAGAGCGUCGUGAAAAGUUUCUUACCGCCAAAUAUGGGUCGCAUCAAAUGAGCUUGAUCCGAAAGCGUUUGGCUGUCGAAAUGUGGCUGUAUGAUGAACUCCAAAAGUUGUUCGAUCCACCCUCUGAAGCUAUCGAUGUAGACAUUGAUGAAAUUCUCGAUAUGGACUCAGAUGACAGUAGAAUAAACCACUUAAGACGGCUGUUGACUGAUUGUAAGAGGCCUCCACAAGACAUAUCGAAAUUCAUUGCUGAUCUUCUCGACAGAGCUAAAACUCUUUAAAUCACUUACUGUUAAGAUUGUGAGUUAAGAGGGAGAUGAACGAGAUAGACAAAAAAAAACAAAAAUCGACAAAAAACAUCAAUUUAUGAAAAACACAAUUUUUAUUGCAUCUAAACAUAAGGGAUAGUAAUUGGAUUGUAAGUGCUACUGCUGCGAUUACACAUUAUUUGUACUUUUUCAUAAAUUCACUAGCUAUUAUUUAUGAUGUAUCAAACAAACAAAAACAGAAUAGAUGUAAAACGAAAUUUUUAGCUUAAUGUACGAUCGAACGGGGAGAAUUUGAAGAUGAACAACCAACUAAAUCACAAACUCUGCGAAUCACAUUGCAUUCAACAAUAACAACAACAACAAUGGCAACUGAAAAAGAAAAUGUGCAAAACAAACUCACAAGCACUUUGAAGAUUGACAAAUGCAUACCUUAACGAUAACGAUAUCAUCCAAAUAUUAUAUAUCAUUUAGACAUUUUAAUAAGAUAAAAAUUAAUAAAUAAUUGUGUAGCUUAA